CUCAGCUAAGACCUUGCGACGAGGCCGUGCUCAUAUUACCUAUUUAUCUCCUACUUGACGGUGAAGGCGGCCGAUGUACAAGCUAACGGAGGUCGAGAAUCCUUCCAAAGUGGCGGUGGGAAGCGCUCGCCAGGUGGCCGGGCCGUUGUUGAUGCCCAGACUGGUCCACUACCCGCCCAAGGAGACCCGCUCGGCCUGUUAUUGAUGAUACCUCCCAUCAUUUCCCCUCCUUCCUCACUUCCUCACGUCCCCCCUCUGUCCUGUUUUCUUUAUUUACUAUGUCCCUGUCUGCUCCCUGUUUGCUCUUCCCCUGUGGAAUUUCGGGACUUCGACUUUCCAUCGAAGAUACUGGGCCUACUUUCGCCCUGGACUGCGGACCUCACGUAUGCUGGAGAUUCAAAAGAAGCAAAAAAAGAGAAAAAAAGCCAUAUUUCAAAAUCCCCGAGCAAGUCCUGUUUCCAUAAUCAUAUACACGUCAUGCCCCUUUGUUUGAUACCCCCCCCGAAUUCCUAGUGUUUCACCACGCUCGGAUGUUUCCAUAUCCCUCAACGGUUCCCUCCCAUUCCUUUCGUUUCCAGAC